AUGCGAGAAGCAUUUUUUGGAUUUUUCUUAGGUGAUUCCUCUUCGGAUCUAAUCCGUUUGAUCGGUUUUCGAUCCGUCGAAGUUCCACCCACAACUUCGGAAGCACUCCCCAAGGCAGUUCCCUCACUAUCAUAUCCUCAAAGCACAGCUCAUCUGUCUAUACCCUGCGCUUUGAGGCGUCUGAGGCGUUUACGAGCAGCCCCCGUGAGGUUCUUACGCCCAAGUGCAUGUUGCGCAGGAGUGUUGUGCACUGUGUUGUGGGAUCGGUUUUUCAAUCUGCCCGCUCUGUUGGCGCUCAGGGACUACACGGACGCCCCUGUAGUGCCGAAGGUAGGCGUAUGCCAACCCGUUGACGCAAUCGUUGAAAAUUUUCUGAAUCACGAGGUGAAAAAUAACAAAGACAGAGUUAAGCUGGCGGCUGCGUUAAUCAAAAUUUUGAAACAUGAACCGAUUGAAGACGACCAGUUGCGUCUUCUUCAGCAUUUGUUCAAUACAAACAAUCUUAAUUUGGCGCAAGUCUUCGAUAACUAUACUGUGGAAUGUUCUCGUAUGAUUAAGAAGUGUAGGUGGCACAAUAUCUUGGUGCCAUGUGAAGAUCUGUUCAAGAAGGAAAUCACGCCUUGGGGUUUUUUCACGGAGAAUGUUGGCGAAGAAUGGGUAAAGCCGCUGUCUCUGUCGGGCGGUCACAUUUACUUUGCUGUGUUGCUAUUAGUUUUCGAAGAAGACCAGAAUGAAGAAAAGCUUGUACAGGGUAGUUGCGUUUCAAAACAAGGCUAUUCCCAACGUCUAUGUUCUUUGAAGCACAAGGAAAAGAAAUGUGGGUGUUCCGAUCCUUUUAGAGCGAGUGCGGGGGAUCAAUAUGAAGACAAACUUCCACCCUGUGGUUUGAAGCAAAUUAUGUGCGUUAAUACGCGUGGCAAUAAAGGUUUGUUUAACGAUUUUGUAUAA